AUGAACGCGCUGAACCACUGGACACCAACGUACGAGUGCGAGACGUGCUCAAACGAGUACUACGACGAAGAAGACUGCUGGGAGCACAUGGACGACGAGCAGCAUUGGGGACCGAGGAUCGAAUGCGAGGCCUGCAACGCCAUGUUCCAUAGCCACCAGGAUGCUCGCAGGCACAUGGACUCCUUGAAUCAUUGGCGGACGCACUGGUGCAGGACCAACAGCAUCUGCUGCCCCUUCUGCCAACGACCCUACACAACCGCCAGCGGCGUCGCCCACCACCUCGAAUCAGCCUCCUGCCCCCGCGCCCCCACUCUCAACCGAGAAUCCAUCUACCACGCCAUCAACCGCCUCGACACCCGCGGCGCCAUCACCAACAACCUCCUGACCUGGAACUCCUCCUCCAACGCCUCCUACGCAGCCACCAACGCCACGUGGAACGGCCGAGCAUUCGAGUGUUACCUGUGCCAUCGCGGGUUCGGGUCGCUGGGGGCGCUCAAUCAGCAUCUCAGCUCGCCGGUGCAUAAGCAGAAGGUGUAUCACUGCUUUGGACGGGGGUGUGAGAGGCAGUUUACGGCGCUGGCGCAGCUGUUUGGUCAUUUGGAGAGUGAGAGUUGUGGGGCGACGAAGUUUGCGGAUGUGCAGAGGGGGGCGCAGGGGGUGUUGACUGGGCAGAGGAUGUUGGGGGUUUGA